CCAGCGCGACCGUGUCGAUACCGGUGACACGCGCCGCCCUCGCACGCCUCUCGCUCAUAACCCAAUAUCUUGAAAGAAAACUUUAAGAAUAACCGCUUUCAGUAACAACACAGGCCUACUCCAUGCUUUAGCUGUGAUAUUCAUCCAAGCCAGUGCGCGGGACAUGCGGUUGCAGAGGUUGGGGUCACGCGUGGCAUCUCCCGCUCUUCUUAACCGCAAAAUUAGCGGUGCAGUAAUAUGAGAGACGUUUUAUCUGAUAAGUGCACAAAAAUGUUCGACUCGUCAAUUCAAGAAGUGAACGGAAAGGGACCGAAGAAGAGGAAAAAGUCUCUGGAUAAUGUCUGUGAUAAGGAACAGCGGUCUGAAUUAGAGAGUGACAAUGAGGUAGCUUCAGAGAAUGAAAUGGGUGAGGCGGUUAGCACUGAUGCCGUAGGGCUGCUGCACUGGCGGGAUAUGCCGAAGCACCUCCAGUUCAACCCUUACGUGCUGACAGGCUACCGGCCGCUGCAGGAUUGGGCCGGCUGCAUCCGAAGUCUCUUCUACUUCCACAAUGAAACUAUCAAUAUCCUAACUCAUGGUGUAUCCCUGGUGUAUAUUUUGGUGGUGCUGCCGGGGCUGCUGCCAUGGGGCGGCGGGGGCGGGGCGGCGUGGUUCCUCUCACUGUGCCACCUGCUGGGCGCACUGGCGCCCUGGUGCGGCUCCUUCCUUUACCAUCUCUUCAUGAACCACACUAGCGGUGCAGGCCUUUACCACCGCCUGCUGCAGCUGGACAUGCUCGGGAUAUGGGUCAGCCAGAGUAUUGGCGCUAUUCCUAUGGUGACAGCGACGGUGUACUGUGCGCCUGCGCCGCUGCGAUACGCCGCGCUCGCUGUCUACUGCCUCGGUAGCUUGCUUGGACUUUAUAAAGCAAUGCGCGCGUGGUCGCCGUGGGAGCGUCGGCUAUGCUUCGCCGCGCCGUUCUGCAUGCGGCUGUUGUUGGCGGGUGCACGUGCUGCGAGGCUCGGAGGCGGCAACCCACACGCCAUACUUCACGUCUUCUUACAAGACGCCGUAUCUCUGGGCGGGGGCGUGAUAGGGGCGAUGCAUAUCCCGGAGAAGUGGUUCCCCGGCGCUGUGGACCGCUGCCUCAAUUCCCACAAUAUUAUGCACGUCCUCGUCGUCCUAGCCGUCUACUCCAUGCAUCAGGUGACCACACUAGACCUGGCGUGGAUGUCGCGUGUAGACUGCCACGCGCCGUUGCGCCAUCUUUGACGGUGAUCGCCGUCCUCCCCCCUCCCCCCACUGAUGUCUACCACAAUCCUCCAUACACGCUAACACCAUACAAACAUUACAAUACAAAGUGUCGACUAAACAGUAACUACAUUGUGGUUUUUAGCCAAAACGAUUAAUUUAUUUUUAAUUUGAAAUUUAUUGUUUCAAAUAACACUUCUUAAAUCAAUUUAUUACGUCAAUGAUUGGUUUAAAAUGAUCAGAACUACAAAGCAAGGGCAAUCGAAAUGUAGAAGAAAGAAAAGAAGGAAAAUUUAUAUCGAAAAUAUUUUGUCUAGUCAUCUUACUUAAAAACAUUUCGUCAGAUCUACAUAUAAGUGUUGAUUACAAACAUACUGUACUUGGAAAAUAUACAAAAAAAAUGCUGGAAAAAACCAAACAUAUUAAUGUUAUAUUCCAUUUUAUCUAUUCAUUCAUGUCGUGGUCAGAUUAUAGAAUAGUUUGAAAAAGAGACCAUGAAAUAUAAACUUUUUAUAUCUUAAAAAAAGUUGAAUAUUCAUUGAUAUGUCUAGUCAUAAAAUGGCCUA